AUGAGUUUCUCUAGUGAUGAGGUAAACUUCCUAGUUUACCGCUAUCUGCAGGAGUCCGGCUUUUCGCAUUCCGCUUACACGUUCGGGAUCGAAUCACAUAUUUCACAAAGCAACAUCAAUGGAGCACUCGUACCUCCGGCUGCGCUUCUUAGCAUUCUGCAAAAAGGGCUACAGUACACCGAGGCCGAAAUCAGUAUAGGGGAGGAUGGCACCGAGCAACGUUUGGGCGAAAGCUUAAGCCUUAUCGAUGCCGUAAUGCCGGAGGUGGUCGCAAAUCGCCAGAACAUGCAAAACCAACAAAAGCAAGCCACGAAAACGGAGCCUCCGGAGACUAACGGUACGACAGAGGAACCAGCUGCGCCACCUCCAACGACAACAACGACAGCCUCGACGACUCCGGCCCCGGUUGAAACCAUGGAAGUAGAUCAGAGCAUCGAAAUACCCGCCUCAAAGGCAACCGUUCUGCGGGGGCACGAGAGUGAAGUGUUUAUCUGCGCGUGGAACCCCAGCACAGAUCUGCUGGCCAGUGGGUCAGGUGACAGUACUGCUCGCAUCUGGGAUAUGUCCGACAAUCCGGCUAAUCCAAAUCAGCUUGUCCUGCGCCAUUGCAUUCAAAAGGGAGGCACCGAAGUCCCGAGCAACAAAGACGUCACAUCGCUGGAUUGGAACUGCGACGGUACGCUGCUAGCGACGGGUUCGUACGACGGAUAUGCUCGCAUCUGGCGCACUGAUGGUUUGCUGGCAAGUACUCUAGGGCAACACAAGGGUCCGAUCUUUGCUCUCAAGUGGAAUAAGCGUGGCAAUUACAUUCUGUCCGCUGGCGUUGAUAAAACGACCAUCAUCUGGGAUGCUGCCACAGGGCAAUGCACACAGCAGUUCAGCUUCCAUUCGGCACCCGCACUCGACGUGGACUGGCAGUCGAACCAGUCAUUCGCCAGCUGUAGCACGGAUCAGUGCAUCCACGUUUGCAAGCUAGGGGUGGACAAACCGAUCAAAUCGUUCCAGGGCCACACGAAUGAAGUAAACGCUAUCAAGUGGGAUCCUCAAGGACAGUUGUUGGCAUCCUGUUCGGAUGACAUGACGUUAAAGAUUUGGUCGAUGAAGCAGGACACUUGCGUACAUGAUCUUCAGGCACAUUCGAAAGAGAUUUACACCAUCAAAUGGUCUCCCACGGGUACGGGUACUCAGAAUCCAAACAUGAAUCUUAUUCUGGCGAGCGCUUCGUUUGACUCGACCGUACGCCUGUGGGAUGUUGAGCGCGGUGUCUGCAUUCACACGCUAACGAAACACACGGAACCAGUGUACUCGGUAGCGUUCAGUCCGGAUGGCAAGUUCCUCGCAUCCGGUAGCUUCGACAAGUGCGUACACAUCUGGAGCACGCAAAGCGGCCAGCUGGUGCAUAGCUACAAGGGCACCGGGGGCAUAUUCGAGGUGUGUUGGAAUUCGCGUGGCAGCAAAGUAGGCGCCAGUGCCAGCGACGGCAGCGUGUUCGUGCUUGAUUUGCGGAAAUUAUGAGCGACGGUCGCGAGCACCGGGACCGGUGCUGGACUGACGCCCGGACCACCGCCACCUUUGCUCACGGCAGCCGAGAAAAAGUCCUAACAAUCAUUGACUGGCGUUCGGCGAG